UCUCUGCAAACUGCGAAUUAAUCUUGGCCGGCACAAGUCAAUCUCCCUCGUCUUGAUCAAGUCGCCAUGGCCUCAACCUCGAUGGAGCAGGAAAUCGUCGCCAUCGAGGAAGAAUUAGCCAACUUCGCUGCUGGUAGCGUCACGUGCAUCUCGCCGACGCUGGAAAAAGUUCUGUUGGAAAUGCGCCAAACGGGCGUACCGUGCUACGCCUGGGCGCAUCUGAAGGUGCUGUUAUUGGCCAAAUUGCAGCUGCAACUCGACACGAUGGACGGUGACGCUGCCAGCAAAGGCCGUCGUGCCAGUGUCACCCAGUUGCUUCAGACCUUCGAGAGUCCGCCCUUCACACUGCAGCGCCUCACGGAGAUCAUCCUAGAGCCUCACCGCAGCUACCGUAGUCUCCCUAAACUGCUCAAUGCACUGGAGAAGCUGCUGGCUGUGAGCUCCACUAUCCAAGUGGUGGAUCCUCGCACAGCCCAAGCCAUCAUGCAGCAAUUCCAGAACCCGGGACCACUCGAGAUCGACUCGCCCAUUGCUCGGCCAGUAGUGGACGGUGACGUAGUCACGCGAGCACCUUGGAGCGGCACCGAAGCUGCUGCUUAAAGAGCGUAGAACGCCUUUAUAUUUCUUCUUUCUUAUCUAAACAUAAACUUUGCUUGUACGUUUAAAAC